AUGGCAAAUCCCUAUACAGAUAAUCCGACAUAUAGUACAAAUGGUCGAUUAAUUUCACCAGGAGUCGUUGUUCCGGGAACAAUAUCAAUGACAAAUUCAGAAUUAUAUUUUGAUGCUGAUGAGGAUGAUCCACUUUAUAAGCAACAAGACCCAAAGAAAAAGGAAAUUGCUGACUCUGUUAAUGAUAAUAAUACUGAAGAAGAUAUUUGA